CCCACAACCCCGCAGACCCCCACAACGCCCGUCCCCCCGCAGUGAGCUGUACUUCACCCCCCCCGACACGCUGAAGCCCCUCCCCAUCCGCGCCGUGGGCGCCGCCUCCAUCGGCCGCCUGCUGUCGGUGCGCGGCGUCGUGAGCCGCGUCAGCGCCGUCAAACCGCGCAUGGAGGUGGCGACCUACAGCUGUGACCGCUGCGGGGCAGAGACCUUCCAGCCCAUCCAGGCGCCCACCUUCACCCCGUUGCUGCUCUGCCCCAGCCGCGACUGCGCCACCAACCGGGCCGGCGGCCGCCUGCAGCUGCAGAGCCGGGGCUCCAAGUUCAUCAAGUUCCAGGAGCUGCGGCUGCAGGAACACUCGGACCAGGUUCCCGUUGGCCGCCUGCCCCGCUGCCUGCCGGUGGUUCUGCUGGGUGAGAACAGCCGCCUGGUGCAGCCCGGUGACCACGUGGCCGUCAGCGGCGCCUUCCUGCCGGCGCUCAGCAGCGGCUUCCGGCAGCUCACACAGGGUCUCCUUUCCGAGACCUUCCUGGAGGCUCACCACGUGGUGAAGAUGUCCAAGAGCGAGGAUGAUGCUGGCGAUGAAGAGCUGACGCCGGAGGAGCUGCAGAAGAUCACAGAGGAGGAUUUCUAUGAGAAGCUGGCGGCUUCCAUCGCCCCCGAGAUUUAUGGGCAUGAGGACGUGAAGAAGGCGCUGCUGCUGCAGCUGGUGGGGGGCGUGGAGCGCAGCCCCCAUGGGAUGAGGAUCCGGGGUAACAUCAACAUCUGCCUGAUGGGUGACCCUGGAGUGGCCAAAUCCCAACUGCUGACCUACAUCGACCGCCUGGCGCCGCGCAGUCAAUACACCACGGGCCGCGGCUCCUCCGGCGUGGGGCUGACGGCGGCGGUGCUGCGGGACCCGGUGAGCGGGGAGCUGGCGCUGGAGGGCGGCGCGUUGGUGCUGGCGGACCGCGGCAUCUGCUGCAUCGACGAGUUCGACAAGAUGGCCGAGGCCGACCGCACGGCCAUCCACGAGGUGCUGGAGCAGCAGAGCGUCUCCAUCGCCAAGGCCGGCGUCCUGGCCACCCUCAACGCCCGCUGCGCCGUCCUGGCCGCCGCCAACCCGGCCUACGGGCGUUACGACGCGCGGCGCAGCCUGGAGCACAACCUGAGGCUGCCCGCCGCGCUGCUCUCCAGGUUUGAUCUGCUGUGGGUGCUGCAGGACCGGCCCGACAGGGAGCGAGACCUGCGCCUGGCCCAGCACGUCACCUAUGUGCACCAGCACAGCCGGCAGCCGCCCUGCGCCUUCCAGCAGCUCGACAUGAAGCUCAUCAGGCGGUACAUCGCCACCUGCAAGCAGAAGCAGCCCGUGGUGCCCCCAGCUCUGUGCGAUUACAUCACGGCUGCCUACGUGGAGAUGCGGAAGGAGGCGCAGGCGGCGGCCGAUGGCACGGCGUACACCUCUGCCAGGACCCUGCUGGCACUGCUGCGCAUGGCCACGGCUCUGGCGCGGCUGCGGUUGGUGGACGUGGUGGAGAAGGAGGACGUGAACGAGGCCAUGAGGCUGAUGGAGGCGUCCCGGGAUUCCCUGCAGGGCCACAAAGGGCAGCAGGGCCGCCCCCCCCGCCCGUCGGACGCCAUCUUUGCCGCCCUCCGGGAGCUCUCGGGCCCCUCAGGCCGUUCUGUGAGCGCAGCCGAGGGGCUGCAGCGCUGCGUGGCCAAAGGCUUCACCCCGCUGCAGUUCCAGGCGGCGCUGCAGGAAUACGAGCAGCUCAACGUGCUGCAGCUCAACGCCGCCCGCAGCCGCAUCACCUUCGUCUGA